AUGUCCAGAGCCCUGGAUGUCUUGCAGAUGAAGGAGGAGAAUGUCCUCAAAUUUCUUGCUGCAGGAACCCAUUUGGGUGGCACUAAUUUGGACUUCCAGAAGGAACAGUAUAUUUACAAAAGGAAGAAUAAUGUCAUCUAUAUCAUUAAUUUGAAGAGAACUUGGGAAAAGCUUCUGCGCACUUCUUGUGCCAUUGCUGCCAUUGAAAAUCCUGCUGAUGUUAGUGUCAUCUCAUUCAGGAAUAUUGGCCAGCAAGCUGUUCUGAAAUUUACUGCUGCCACCGGCACUGCACCUAUUGCUGGACACUUCAUCCCAGGCACCUUCAGUAACCAGAUUCAGGCAGCUUUCAGGGAGCCUCACCUCUUGGUGGUCACUGAUCCUCAGGCAGAUCACCAGCCUUUGACUGAAGCAUCCUAUGUUAACCUCCUAACCAUUGCAUUAUGCAACACAGAUUUUCCACUUUGCUAUGUGGACAUUGCCAUUCCUUGCAACAAGGGAGCUCAUUCCAUGGGUCUGAUGUGGUGGAUGCUGGCCCAUGGAGUCCUAUGUAUGAGUGGUACCAUCUCCCAUUAA